AUGACUGGAUUGGGCAGUCCACCACGAGGAACCCCACCAGAUUUUAUUCAGAAUCCAUCAGCCAAGUGGAAGCUUGGCCUUCAUGCACCCAGCCUAAAUGCAUUGCCACGAGAACCUGGUGCCCAUUUCAACACCGAGACAGCUCCCUGUGGGGCCAACUCAGAGGAAAACGGAUGGCACAUUCCAGACGCAGUAGCUUAUGAGUUAGUUGGAUUGUUUUUUGACUACAUCCAAAACUGGCUGCCUAUCCUACAUCGUCCCCUCUUCUAUCAAAAAUACGUUCGAGUCGAGAGUCAUUACGGCCGAGUUGUGGGCAGGCAAAGUGUCAGUGACCACGACGCAAUCUUGAUCAACUGCGUAUUUGCGCUCGCCGCCAGGUUUUCAAAAGCAAGCUUCUUCUGUAGCACGGACCCCGUCCUAAGAGGCGAAGCCUUCGCGGAGAGAGCAGCAGCCAUCAAGGAUCCUAUCAUCAAGGUCAUCGAGGAACCGUCACUCGAAUUUGUGAAAGGAUGUGCCCUGCUGGCGUUUUACAACAUUUGCGCUGGACAUGCUGCACCUGGGUCGUUACUUGUGAGCGUUUGUGUCCGUUUUGCUUAUGACCUUGGGCUCAACGAGAUCGACGAAGAGGACCAAACCAACUGUGGUACGGAAGAUGGCCAAGAUGCUUGGAUUCAAAAAGAAGAACUCCGCAGGCUUUGGUGGGUCAUUUAUGAGCUCGACUGCUUUGUUUCGACAGUCUCGUGCCAGCCCUACGGGAUUGAACGUGGAGAGAUAAAGGUUCUUUUACCGGUCUCCGAUCAUCACUGGUUCAGCGGUUGCCCCGCUGGCUCUUCCUAUCUUAUUCAAAGUCCGGGUACCGUUUGGAAGAGUCUUGAAGGGUCAGAGAACCAAAGUCCCCGGGCUUGGUACCUGGUGACCAAUUAUCUCAAAUCUUGCUUCGCCGAUACCGCCCGCCAGCCAAAGCGCAAUACACCAGAAACGCAGACGGCCCUCGAAAUGGAUCUCGCAUGUCUCAAACAUGCAUUGCCCGCUGAUUUUCAACUACGAUCGGUGAACAUGGCCGAACAUAACUUUGGUGACUGCAAUUGGAUCAUAUCAACGCAUUUUAUGAUUUUAUCGUGCGAAGCCCUCUUGGAGCGUAGAAGAUGGUCUCAGAACAGAUCAGAAACGUCCUUCAACACAGGUCAGGAGGCCACGAUCUGGGGGAGGCACUUUUACUCGAGCCUGGUUCGGAUCGCACUAAUCUGGCCACCUGAGUACAUUCCGUUGAACCAUCCGUUCAUGGGUUGCUGUGUGAUCAACCCGUGGGACGCUCUUGAAGCACGACGUGAGCCCAACUUCCAAAGCUUCGAAUUAUCCAAGUUACUGCUAAGUCAUUACUCGCGGUACUGGAAGAUUGGCGGUGCUCUUCUCCGUCUACUUGCCAUAAUUCACGAGGGGAGGGAUUCGGUCGUACAUCGGCCUGGCUCAAGGGAACGGGAGAUCAUCAAGCGGUUCUCAGUCUUGUGCCCGAGCUCUCCCAAGGGAAGACACUCAGUGGUGUCCAGACUCAGUGCGCGAGUCACUUACGACACGUCCGAUGUCCCUGUCGAAGCACUGCCUGACUCAUAUCUGACCAGCUCUGGCAGCCCAGACGAGUUACAAUGGCCUCUCAAUCUCUGGGACAAUCUCCAUGCUUUUGAUAUGGACCGAUCAGACGCCGAAAUGUUGAUAAUCCCGUCAAGUCAUGUUGCGGAAGGGGUCAGUGGACAAGCUGAAACACUCGCCAGCUCUCAAAUGUGCGUUCCUGCUUUCUCACUCUCACUCGACAGAUUUCCUGACGAAUUUGUCGUUUUAUAA